AUGUGUGGCAUUUUUGGAUACAUCAACUACUUGGUGGAAAAGGACCGCAAGUUCAUCCUCGACACUCUGAUCAACGGUCUGUCCCGUCUCGAGUAUCGAGGAUAUGACUCGGCCGGUCUAGCCAUCGAUGGCGACAAGAAGAAGGAGGUUCUGGCCUUCAAGGAGGUUGGCAAGGUUGCCAAGCUCAAGAAGCUCGUCGAUGAGUCGGACAUCGACCUCGAGAAGAUCUUUGAUUCACACGCCGGUAUUGCCCACACCCGAUGGGCCACCCACGGUCCUCCCUCCACCAUCAACUGCCACCCUCACCGAUCCGACCCCACCUGGGAGUUCACCGUCGUCCACAACGGUAUCAUCACCAACUACAAGGAGCUGAAGACCCUCCUCUCGGCCAAGGGCUUCAAGUUCGAGACUGACACCGACACCGAGUGCAUUGCCAAGCUCACCAAGUACAUCCACGACCAGCACCCCCAGAUCGGCUUCACCGACCUGGCCAAGGCUGUCAUCCAGGAGCUCGAGGGAGCUUACGGUCUUCUCAUCAAGUCCGUCCACUACCCCCAUGAGGUCAUUGCCGCCCGCAAGGGUUCUCCCCUUGUCAUUGGUGUCAAGACCCAGCGCCGCAUGAAGGUCGACUUUGUCGAUGUCGAGUACUCCGAUGAGAACGCUGCCCUCCCCGCUGAGGCUGCCGCCCAGAACGUCGCUAUCAAGAAGAACGAUCUUCUUGUCCCUGAUGCCGGCCUUGGCGCCGCUGACAAGUCUCUUCUGCACCGAUCUCAGUCUCGUGCCUUCAUGACCGAUGAUGGCAUGCCCAUGCCCACUGAGUUCUUCCUCUCCUCUGACCCCUCGGCCAUCGUCGAGCACACCAAGAAGGUUAUGUACCUUGAGGAUGACGAUAUUGCCCACAUCCACGAGGGCUCCCUCAACAUUCACCGUCUCAAGAAGGCCGAUGGUAGCUCCAACGUCCGAACCAUCCAGACCCUGGAGCUCGAGCUUCAGGAGAUCAUGAAGGGCAAGUUCGACCACUUCAUGCAGAAGGAGAUUUUCGAGCAGCCCGAGUCGGUGGUCAACACUAUGCGUGGUCGCCUCGACAUCGCCAACAAGACCGUCACCCUCGGUGGUCUUCGCUCUUACAUCUCUACCAUCCGCCGAUGCCGCCGCAUCAUUUUCAUUGCUUGCGGUACUAGCUACCACUCUUGCAUGGCUGUCCGCGGUAUCUUUGAGGAGCUUGCUGAGAUCCCUAUCGCCGUUGAGCUGGCUUCGGAUUUCCUUGAUCGACAGGCCCCCGUCUUCCGUGACGACACCUGCGUCUUCGUCUCCCAGUCUGGUGAGACUGCUGACUCCCUGAUGGCCCUCCGUUACUGCUUGGAGCGUGGUGCCCUGACCGUCGGUAUUGUCAACGUUGUCGGUUCCUCCAUCUCUCUCCUCACCCACUGCGGUGUCCACGUCAACGCCGGCCCUGAGAUCGGUGUCGCCUCCACCAAGGCCUACACAUCUCAGUUCAUCGCUAUGGUCAUGUUCGCUCUGUCUCUUAGUGAGGACCGCGCGUCCAAGAAGGCCCGUCGCGAGGAGAUCAUGGAGGGUCUCGCCAACGUCUCGGGUCAGAUCAAGUCGAUCCUCGAGCUUGACUCGUCCAUCAAGGCUCUGUGCGAGAAGACCUUCAAGGAUCAGAAGUCUCUUCUUCUUCUCGGCCGCGGCAGCCAGUUCUCCACUGCCCUUGAGGGUGCCCUGAAGAUCAAGGAAAUCUCAUACCUCCACUGCGAGGCCGUCAUGUCUGGUGAGCUGAAGCACGGUGUGCUGGCUCUGGUUGACGAGAACCUCCCCAUCAUCAUGAUCCUCACCCGCGACGACCUCUUCAAGAAGUCGCUCAACGCCUACCAGCAGGUCAUUGCUCGUGGUGGCAAGCCCAUUGUCAUCUGCAACCCCGACGACGAGGAGUUCAAGGCCUCCGAGGCUGAGAAGAUUGAGAUCCCCAAGACUGUUGACGUCCUCCAGGGUCUCCUCAACGUCAUCCCCCUGCAGCUCAUCGCCUACUGGCUGGCCGUGCUCGAGGGUCUCAACGUCGACUUCCCUCGCAACCUGGCCAAGUCGGUCACUGUCGAGUAA